GUUUUUAAAUACAGUUAUUUUGUUGGUACUUCAAUUACUUGUCAAAGAAUUCCGACGUCGAGAGGAUAGAAGGUCGAAAAUGAACAGAACUUUUGAAUUGAGUUUCCAAUAUAUAAGUUAUACAGUCUAUAUGUCCGAAACAUAGCAACUUUUCGAGUCUACCGAGGAACGUUCGUGUGGGAAGUUUGAUUAGUAAAUUUUGCUUCAGUUCUAUACACUAUUGUAGAAGAGAAAGUUGAGCUACUGAACUGAAUCAUUCGAGGACGAAUUUUAAGCACCAGUUUUCUUAAUUUCUACCGAGGAAAACCAUAUGCAAAUUUGUUUUGCUAAUUCCGGAGUUCAGCUGAUGUGCUGCCAUUUUCUUACUAAAGUAAAACCGAGUUCUGUCCAUCCGUUUAGAAUUUAUAUUUUUAUGACUGAAUGAAGGCUAAAGAGAAAACCACGACUACUAGAAGGCUUAUGGAAAAGUAUAACCAGUUUGAGCUAACAUGUUCUUUGCGGGGAGUAUUUCUUACUGUUCUCUUUCAUGCAUAAAUUACAAGUCAAAAGGAAUUGUUUGAAAUGACGUUGUGGUUCAAUCAUUUAUUUUCUCUCUGACAUUAUAGCUUCUUUGUGGAGUUUCGAACUAAUUUUGAGGUUUUAAACGGGAGUUUCUGUUCCUUGCCAUGUGUGAUGUGGAACAACGAGUGAAUUCGGAUCUUUGAUCAAAGAUUCUAAUCGAAAAUUGUGCGGAGCGCGUCCGUCACGCCUGGUCGCAACAUUGGUAAAGAAGCGGCAAAAUCAAAAGAAGAUUGAAGGCCCUUGUAGUGAUACGGGUCAGUAAAUUUUCUGUGAGUAGAGAGCCUGUUCGCAUUGUUUUAGUAAGGCAGCUUUUUUCUAUUAAAAAUUUGAUUAACACCCAAGCACCUUUGUCAGUGCACGACUGUAUAAAAACAUACCCGUAGGAAAGGUGGCCGGGAGAUUGUCAAGAUUUUUCCCCCCAGAUUCUUCUAGUUUGUGGUUUUAUUCACUUAUCAGGUUUCUGUCUGCGGCUCUUCACAAGGCUAUUACAAACCUGGGGUUCACUCGUAAAAACGCAUGUCCUUCCGAGUUAUCACAAGACUAGCUCACGUAAUGAUAUUUUUAAGUUCUGUUUAUAACCCUGUUUUUCAGGAUGAACUUGCCGCAAUGUUUUAUGUGAAAGAGGGAACGAUUUUUUUAAAGUAAACUCAAUUUUUUUUUUCUGUGGGGCUUAACUGACAGGAAACAUGAUUUAUUUAAAGCCUUAAAGUUUCCAUCAGUUUGAUAGAAAUGGGGAAGUUUGUUACUUGUGACUGGAUCAAAAAUAGAAACAUUGUGUUGCAGAUCAGAAAAGAACCCUUCUCUAAACUUUGUUCAUAACCAGCUUGCUUAAGUUUAUUAUUGUGGACAAUAUGUGACUCCUCUUAAGUAAGGGAUGCAUUCUAGGUUGAAAAGGUACUAAGAAAUUUGUGGCUAGAACAUUCAUAAAUUAUUAUCACAUGAAAUUAGGAAUGGAGACUAAACUGUGACCAUAAGAAGAGGCCAAGGAAUAAAAAUAAUGUCCAGCAUUUUUUAGUCUCCGUCUUGAAAUUCGAGACCUAAAGUUCCAGACAGCUUAGCAACAACAAUGUUGCUGUGAAUCAAAAGAUUUGACCGAAGAAAGAUUAUAACGUCAUGAGUGCCUUUUUAUAUAUAUUUAUAAAAAAACUGACUUCACAAUUCCAGCUAGUGCCAUCAGAUUUUUUUUUCAGUUUAAGUAAAUUCAAUUUCUGACUGCUUAAGUUAAUCUGAUAUUUUGGGUGUCUAUGUAUAAGGUUGAGAAAUUCCAGUUCUCUCAUGAUAGAAGCCUUACGUUUGUAGGUAUUCGAGCAAGGGGUUAUGGAAAGGAUUGUUAUUAUCCUUCCUCACUUGUAGACAUAGUAGUUUUAACAUUGGAGUUAUUAUUAAUGUCGGUGCAAUUCCAUAUAGUUCGACCUUUCAAACAAAACUUCCUUAGGAGUACUUUUGCGUGGUGUUGUUUGUUUCUUACUCGGAUUUUACUGAAAAAUAAAGGCUAAUUACUAGCAUUUUUUAAACUUUGCCUGUGUCCACAACUAGGAUUAAAAGGUUAUAGUUGUUUUGCCUUAUUUGUUUCAGGUGUGGUAUGAAAUGGCCAGAGAGUUAAUACCCAGCUUGCCAUCCUUCCCCCCUUUGGAACAUCAUUCUUCUCAAAGUUGCAGUACAUUUGUCAAGGUGCAACUUCAAUUGAGCAUACAAUAAACAAUAUAAUAUUAACAUUUUUUAAGUGACGUUUUACUUUAUGAAGACUGAAAAAAAAAAGAAAUCCAGGUGCUAAGCUUUAGCUUGACAUAGCUACCAGUUGUCUCAUUCAUAAAAUAAAUUAUAUUGUUUCAUGUUCCCAUGUGCGGUAAAAGAAGACUGUGUGUCAAGUUCACACCUCAGAGAAAAUCAGUCUUGCUGUUUUCUUGGCACUUACACCACAGCUUUAUCAAUUAGCUUUCAAGAGAUAAUAGCACAGGUUUAGCAGAUGACGAAACCUGUGACAGUAUAAAUAAAGCAAGGUUUCUGUGGAGCUGUGACAAAUUUUAUUCCCUUAAGUUAACUAAACAAGACGGUGUACAAGCAUUACCAUAUGCAGGCAUCUUAAGGUGAAUAUGUGACCAAUUUUUACCUACUAACAUUGUUCUCUGUAGUUUUCUCUGCAAUUAUUACAGUGGAACCCUGAUAACUUGAACUUGGGUGACUGUGGAAUUCCUCACUAAAUUGAACUAAAUUUCCUUUCCCUUGAUCAAAAAGUCACUGAAAUUUACCCCCAUAACUAAAAUUUUGGUUCCUUUGACUCCACUUGGAUGCCAUCUUAUUUGUUCUUCUUGCUGUAUGAGGGUAAAAAUGCUAAGCAGUUUGGUUUUAAUUGUUGAAGUGAACAGAUCACAUCAUAAAAAAAUGCCUAAAUAUGUUACUGUUUGUGAUGAAAUAAGCUAAAUUUGCACUGGACAAUAAACUGAAGUGCGAAAAAAUUGGUAAAUAUCAAUUUUUAACAUGGCAAAUUGAAUUUUGUAAUUAUCAACCCCGAUAAGUGGAACCCUCGCUAACUCAAACUUUUUUUGUUUCCCUUCAGAGUUCUAGUUACCUGGGUUCUACUGUACAUUAUAUUCUUUACUGUUUCUCUCAGUGAUUCAUAUUAUUUUGGUUGAAGAAAUCCAAAAAAUUUAUCUCUUUUUUUUAUUUCUUUUCAGAGAAAUAAAUCAAGUUGUACCCCCCAAGUGAUUGACCUCACAAGUGAAAACUCAUCAACUACUAUGUCCCAUCAACCACUAAGGCACAUGCCUCCUUAUCCACCCCACCCUAGUCACUCGUCAGCAUUUCACAGAGUAAACCAUCUACCUGGCCACAUGCCUGAAACUCAUGGGUAAGUAGAUUAUUUUAUUAUCAACAAUAGUAAUACAGUCAAUCUUCCAUGUGUGACCAACCAUCAUAAUUAAGCAACCACUUCCCAUUUGCGACUAUCUCAAUCCAAAACACAGAGUGAAAACCAUCCUAGUCAAAUCCCUCUUAUCAGAAUCUCUCAUAAGCAACGACGCCCACUUUUUGCUUAAGGGCAGCGCCGUAGCUAGUAUGAGGCCAACCGAGGCACUCGCCUCGGUAAAAUUUUGACGAAUUUCACCGAUCAUUUUUAUUUUACAUAAGCGAUCAUCGGAGCCUCUCAGAAAAGAUUUCGUGGCCAAAAUAUAACAGUUAAAAUAUAUAUAUAUAUAUAUAAGCAAAAUUUUCGCCGUAUUAAUACUGAAAACGCAGAAAACGCUGCAAAUCGCAUUUCCGAGAGACUAAAGUUCAAAAUUUCUCGGGGGGGGGGGCAUGCCCCCGAACGCCCCUAGCAACUCCCGCCUGCCUCAGUUGGCCGUUUGGGCUACGGCACUGAAGGGUUGUAUAAUUUCCAUUGGUUUUACCUUCUUGUAAGUGACCACUUGACACAUGAUGUGGUUUCUGUUGGCUGUAUGUAAUAUGGCUGCUGAGAGUAUACAAAGAACUUUCAGUGACAACAUGGAACUGCACUUUACACAUAACUUAGAAAUGGCAUGCAAUGACUCAUCUUCCAAAAAGAUGUGUUAGGACAUGUUAUCUAGGAAGAGGCUCCCAGUGUUUGUCGAUUGUGUUAUGCUACCACUACAUCUUUGCAUAUUGUGUGCUCACUUAUGGUGGGUUUAUCCGCUGUCCCCCUCUCCCCCAAGCAGUGUUGAUUGUGCUGAAUUAAAACUUGAAUGCGUAGCAUUAACCCUGCACCAGAAGGGGAAUGGGGGAGGGAAGAUGCCUCAAUUUGACAAGUUGGUGUGUUGUAUCCCAAAAUGAUUGUUUUAGAAAACAUGCUCCAGUAUCUGUUAUUGCUCUUUUCAUUGCUAAAUGUGAUAAAUUAAUACUUUUUUUUCAGAAACUCGUCCAAUCAUACUUGUCCUUUUCUUCAACAACAAAGGCAUCAACAGCAUCACCACUCAUCCCACAACAGACUUUUCCAUCCAUCAACAAACAGUAAUUUUUGUCCGCUAAGUAUGGCGUCGACGGUCCCUCUUCAGCACCAUCCACCCCACCCGGGACCUCCAGUUAUUAUCGACGUUGAUCAAAUACCAGAUCAUGUAAGGGCAGUUCCAGUAACAAGUCUUCCAAACUCAUUGCUGGUCGCCAGUGUGCCUGUAGCAGCUCCAACUUAUAUUCAACCACAUCAGCCUCCAGUGAGUUAAUUUUUUGUAGUAGUUAUUGAUUCAGAAGUGAUGUGCAGAUCUGCGUUUUAAGGAUAACUCUGUUUGGAUAUUACUAGCAAUAACCAAAGGUUAGGGUUAGGGUUAGAAACACUCGUUCCAACGCUGUGCUUUGCCUUAGUUUCUUUAAAAUGUGUGUGAUCAGAUUACAAGUGAUAGGAAGUCCAAAAAUACUGGAUCAGGUUGCAUUCUUUGCAUUUUCAUUCUUAAUGGAAGACCAAAUAAUGAAUGCUGAUUACAUAUGUGCCAUGCCUGCAUGAUAGCAACCUAAACAUUAGGAUUGCACAAUAAUAAUAUUGUCAUGUUUGGUAAUUAAAGUAAAUCAUUGCACACAUAAUCAGUUAGUGAUGUUAAACUUUGUAAUAUUAAAGAAUAAAUAAGAAUUUCUCUCACUAAUUUCUUUAGAUGGAUGUCGACCCCAGAGGAAAUAAUGGAGUCAGCACACACCAUCACCACCACUACCACCACCACCACCACCACCAUCAUCAUCAUUUUGUGCAGCCACCAUAUCAAGUUCCACAAACACAGGCUUACCACCCUUACCCCACACCUGGUGGAAUGGUAAGUACAUUAAGCUUCAAUUGUUUUCUCCAAAACAAGUUGUUGAUUGUAGUAAAAGCAACCUACCCAGGGAGGGUGGAGGGCUUUAGUGAUAAUAAUGCUGGGUGGGCAUUUACAGGGUUAACGCUCAUCAGAAACUUAAGUAUUUUCCUACUUUUCCCUGACCUCUAUGCAGUUUUUUGCAUUAGGUGGCUAAUAAUAAAAAAUAAUCCACAUACUUUCACUUGAGCUUUUUCCAUAGACCAUCAAGAGAGAAUAUACCUGUCUUCAUUUUUUAACUCUCUUUACUGGAGUUUAGGCACAAGGAAAACACAAUUCUCUGACUUUGACAAUAUCAGAGAACUUCUCCCAACCUCGAGACUUUUUUAUUUUCCCGAUUUUUCACUGAACAUAGCAACUGUAAUUUACAGGUGUUGUGGGCUGUUUACCAUUAAGGUCUGAGUGUAUUAUUCCAUUUGCCGGUUUUCAUCAUCAAUAAAAUAGCCAUUACUUUAUGACAAAAUCUAAAUACGGCUUGUGACUGAGAAUAUUUUGAAUGGCAGAUCUUGAAUUUUUGCUGAUAAAAAGUUUGGUUCCUGAUGAGGUCAUUAGAAAAAAAAUAAAGGAAGCUGCCACAAAGAGUUGUCUCUGUCCAUUUAAAAGUUUUAAAUUCACAAAAAUAAAUAGUUACAUUUCCAUUUUCAGCAUCACAGACACCACAGAAGAUGGCAUCAAAACGUCUCAGCGCAUUCGAGUUGGUCAUCACGGCGUACACAUGCAGCACCUCCUCCCCCACCUUCCAUGCACCCAUAUCCUGAUCUACUUUAUCAUCUUAUAUCUGUGAUGUCAAUGCAGCCCAUACCAACACAUCCUCCAACCCCUGCACGGGAAGAAGAACUGCACCCUCGUGAAAAUUAUGAGGUAUUAAACUUUCUUUUGAUUGAUUAGCCUGAACCCAUCAAAGUUGUAAGCCUUUGGCAAGCCUUGCAUGGUUGGGCCGGAGAAGGAAGUGCUAUUAUCUGGACUCAUGAACCAUGAAUGAAAGGAACUGUGUCAUGCAAUUCAUAAAAUUUCAAACAGUGAAACAUGAAAAUAACAGCUCAGAACAAGUAAACAAGUAAAGUUUUGAAAAUUUUUGAAAAUAACAGACAAACCUUAGGUCAUGGUAAGCUAGAAAAGGCCAUGGAAAAAGUCAUGAAAUUUGAAGAACUCAAAAGAGUACAAACCCUGAUGAAGUAGAGAGUCAUGAAACAUCAGCCCCUUUAAGGGAAUAAUUAAGUGAUUGUUUUUGUAAGACAUUGGACCAAUCUCUAGUUUUUGUGCUUUCUUAAACAACGUUUUCAUGAAAAUCUUCUUGCAGACUCUUCUUAAUUUUGCUGAGCAGAUGGGCGAAGCAAAGCCAAAAGGGCUCUCUCGUGUUGAAAUCGAUCAGCUCCCAACAUAUCGCGUUACAGCAGCAUCAAAAAGUGAAGAUGACGACAAAAGAUGUGUGGUGUGUUUAGUGGAUUUUGAAGAGAAACAACUUGUAAGGGUCUUACCAUGCCUACACGAGUAUCACACAAGAUGUAUUGACAAAUGGCUUAAGGUAAGAUAUUUGAAGGAUUUUUGUUAAAUUUAUUGCUGUAGGAAUGUGAAAUCAAAGAUGAGUAUUUUCUGCUCAAUGUGGUACAAGGCACCAAAUCAAUGUGUGGCUUGAAAUUUCACAAGAUUUUUAUAAAAGCUUUUGUAAUUGAAUAUUUAACUGCCUGCCUAGACUACAAUGUAGGUACAUUAGAAUCUUUACUUCACAAUAAUAAAUUUUUAAGUUACAAUCUUUGCUUGUCAGUGUAAUAUACAACAGUCAGUCUUUUUCUUAUGAUGCCAGUAUUUUCUUCUGAAAGGAUCAAAAGUUCAAAAAAGUUUGUCCCUAGAGCUACAGCAGUCUGAAGACCAAACUCACAAAAAUUUGAUCCUACCCCUGUAAAGACUUUAUGCCACACAGUAUCCAACAAAUGCUAAACUGUUAGUAGAGUGAGAAACUAGUAUGUGUUUUAACCAUUCCUUUUUCUUACAAUUUUGUGUGAAGUUGUCAACUUUCUCUCUUAUACUUUUUGCAGUCAAACAGAACAUGCCCCAUAUGCCGAGCAGAAGUAAAUGUCAAUGCAGAGUGAAGUACAAGAGAGGCGGAAUUGAAACCUGAAGCAACUUCAUCGCUAACUGAAGGAAACCACAGGGAUGAAAAGAAGGAUACAGAGCCAAAGCAUUCAAUGCUUUUCAAUUGAAUCACUGGGACAUACUUGUUCAUAUAACCUUACAUUUUUAAGGCAGAAAAUUGCGGCCUGCCUUUAAACAAUUUGAUAAGAGCUGGCAAGGCUGUAAGAAGCAAAGACGUUUGGAGGAAAUAUUUGGUGCUAAAUAGGGUGUUGAUCUUCUUGGGCCCACCUUUUGUUUAAGACAACAGCAUAUCAAGAAAUUUGGGCAAAACUGUCACGUUCUGUUCAAAAUUAUUGUGGGAUGGACGAUGGCUAAUCUGUUGCUAUCUUAGGGUAAAGUUACUUGUAACAAUCAGUAACCAAAUCAUGCUAACUGUAAACAUGUAUAUACAGGUGUAUAUCUGCCAAUUCCAAAAGUCAGUCAGUGGCAGGAGAUUUAUAUGCCAGGAUUAGACCUAAUCAUAUAUCUCUAGUUCUCAAGAAAAUGAUUGUGAAAAAAUACCCUAACAAAAUUGAUGAUUUGGACAGAGAGUUGGGGCGAGUCAGAAAAUGAUUCCAAGGGAGAGGCUGGCAGGUCACAAUACGGAAGGGGAGAGGAGGAAAAAAUAUUUUCCCUGUUUUUCCCCUUGCCCCCCCCUCCUCCCUAGUUUUCAAGUUGUUUUCAUGAUGGCAGCUGCAAUUAAUGUACCUCUUGAUCGCGCUUUCGUUAACAGGCUAGGGGAAAUGCAAUCAUUUAGAUGGACCUUUCUUUUGUUACAUUGGUUUUGAGUUUUUUCCACUUAAUUCUUCUUGGAAAAUGUGUCAGUUAAUGUUACAAUAGCUUAACCAGGAACAAAAAUUUGGUCCACAAUGGUAAGCUGGCUUGAGAUCAAAGUUUCAAAUUUUCAGGUUACAAUUGGCAGGUAUAUACAUGUAUAUAAUCCUCGGUACAUGUCCAAAAGAACUACCAGUACGUAAGAAUUACUUUUAAAAUAAUCAGGACAUAAAUCUGUGGUGAUCAUUCCCUUUUGCUCAUGAUGCAUUUGUUUGAUUUAGCUUGAUAGAUAUGAUAGGGAGAAAAUAGAUACUGCAUGGCGACAAAUGCUUAGGGUGUAAGGGUUAAGCUGAUGAUACAUGAGGAAGUACAUGUAUGGUAGGUUAUCUUGCGGUCACUACCCACAGCUUUUCAGUGUGUUUAUACAAGUGUAUAAAAGAACAACUUGCAAAGGAUUUUUGUGUUGACAAAUGAAUAGUUAUACAUGCCAAACUACCAUAUUUUGUUCCCCCUAAAGCAAAAAGAAUCUUAACUGCCUUUUUCCAAGCCUUGACAAGAGUUUCUAUUUUGAAAUUACUGAAAAUUAUAUGAAAGUGUUUCUGCAUGAUGAUGGUCUGACUGUAACCUGCCGCACUUAUAGGAAUGUAACCACAAACCAACCUAAAAUGAGCUUAAAUCACCAGAGUAUAAAUAGACACUUAUUACAGACAUGUUAAUUAGCCAUUAUUUGGGUUUGCUGAUGGUCUAUUAAGUAUUAUAAUGUGUCAUCAAUUCACAACUUGCCUGGGAAAAUAUUCAUGCUUGCAUUGUUUUAGCCUGUUUGUUGGUACUAAAACAUUAUUGUUGUGAAUUUAAAAGUUUGCAUAAAAAUUUUAUCGCAUGUAUGGGUUAUUAGCUUUUCAAUGUGCUUCAAUUUUGGGCGUUAGGACACAUUUAUACAGUAUACUGUAGUUGGUACUGGAUGUUUACCUAUUCAAGUUACAUCACAUUUUUACUGAGAAAAAGAACCUCUGAUAAAUACAGAACUUUACCCUACUCCAUUGCAAAUAGUUAAUUAUUCAUCAGCCUUAUUACUUAGCGUUCCUAUAAUUCUCUGCAAAAAACCUUUUAUGUCACAGCUGUUUGUAAAUAGACUAGCUACUAUGGGUAGAAGAUGAGCUUGAUAUGAAAAAUGCAGAACUGGGAAAGGAAUACUACAUGAUACUUAUAAUUUUUAUAAAGCAAUGUUGCAUAUAUAGAUAUAUAGGCUACGGUUUCAUUCAAGUGUACAAAUGAAGUCUAAAAUGUGCAGUGAGCUUUAAUCUGUUUGUCAAGCAUUCUCAUUUCCCAGUGGCAUCAAUCCCUUUGGUCAGUACAAAUGAUUGGGUCAGGUCCCAAUCCUUGGCUGACUUAACCCUUUAAGUCCCGAUAGUGACCAACAUCAAUUUUCUCCUAACAAUAUCCAUAUGUUGCCAAGAGAAAUGAUUAUGAGAGUUAAUAAAAUGAUCACCAAAGAAAAAAUGCUUUGAUCUGUUAUCAAACUCUCUCAACUAUUUUUUUAAGGAAAUGUAUGAAGGUCAGUAUGGAGAAUCUAUAUGUGGAUAUCGGGGCUUAAAGGGUUAAGGAUCGAGGCCUCUGGUGAUCAGAAUGGUUGUCAAGCAACAGAACAUUGUGAUUGUUUCCAUCAGUUGGACUUCUAUACCUGCACAUCCUUAGUCCUCUGUACAUGAAAUUGCAAUGAAAAUAAAUUUCAAAAUAACAACCUAAUUGUGAAAUGCUUAUUCUAACUGCAAAAUAAUCUUUGUUUUAGUAGACAGGAACUAAUUUUUGAUGCAACCAACACAUGGACUCAUGGCUAUAACGAAACUUCAGCUAAGCUAUUUGAAAUUUUGCCAACCCUCAUAUCUAAACACUGUUUGCUUUAAACAGCAUCAAAAAGGCUUGUUGACCAAACACCUUUUGUCUGCUUUUGACAAAAACUGGGAUCAGACUGGACCUUUUCCUGUAAUCCUAUCCCCAACUGUCUACGUGGAUUGCCUCGUUCUGGUCUGGCUAGGUUUUGUUAAUGCUUCCAUUUUCUUAACAAAAACACCUCACAAACAGAUCUAAAGGCAGAAUGAGUCCCCUAAACUGCAGUCUAAGUUAGACUUCAAUGUAAGAUGUUUGCCAGUAUUCCUUUUGUUUCACAAGCAAAUUCAAGGCUUUUGGCUGAAGAAUGUAGAAGCUUACCACAUUAAGUCACAACUCACUUUAUCCAGGUAAACCUUCAACAGAGGGGAUACUUCAAAAUAUUAAGUGUUAAACUGUCAUAUUCUCCCUCCAAAAUGUGACUCUUGUACAUGAUCGCGAAGCAAAAAGAGAAUUUGAUCUUAGAUCAGGACUCACUUAAGCCUAGGGCCUUUCUCUUUGUACCACUGUGGGCAGAAAGGGGUGGGGAUGAGGCUUGGCCAGGGAAAACCUAAAUUUCCAUUGCUGUACUUUAGAAAAGCAAGUACUAAACAACACAAAUUUGUAUGAACACAAUAUUAUAUUAUUACCGGUAAUUAGAAGGAGUGGGGGCUUAAAUAUAAAUAACUAUUUUUUGGUGCCUCAGACUAAGGACUAAUAAAGAAGAGGGUAGAGGCUUGUGUGGCAUAAUAGAGAAAAUAAAAAUUUGAAAGUCAACAUUUUGGUCUGUACAGAUGAUAAUCAAAGUUGGAAAUGUUAAAAUCAUGAAUGUAUAUUAAAACCAUUAGAAGUCUCUAGUGUUUCUGUGGUUUGGUGAGGUGAGAGCGUAAAAAUAUUAGACAGGCAGGUUAUUAGCCCUUAAAGCCUCUUCAUCUUCUCCACACUGUUCUUCAUACAUUCCUUAUGGUACUGCUUGAGAGAAUUUGUUGUAACAUCACACCAUUUCAUCUUUGGUGAUCAUUUCAUCAAUUCUGAUGACCUGUCUGUUUGAUCAGGCAGUGUUAUUGCUGGGAGAAAUUGGAUGUGGGUCACUAUUGGGGGUUAAAAAAAUAUUGUUUAUUAUUAUCUGAAGCAGUUGUAAGUUGUCUUUGGCCACCUAUCACUGAUCCCUGAGUAUCUAAGGAGUGACAUUUAUCAGCCUGCAAAGAAAGUCGUGUCCGAUAGCGCGGGACUAGUGGAUUUUGCUAUCAUGCUAGUGAAUUCUGUUCUUAACUUGCCAGAUGGGCAAGUGCUGUUUUUUUUUGGCAAAUUCAAAUUACAGAAGGAUUGGAAUCAAUCCUGUAAUCAAAAAGAGUAUUGGGGCUAGUUGAAAUGACUGGGCUAGUACAUGUUAGCUACUGCUUGCCCGAAUAGCAGGCAGUAAAACAGACUUUCUUUGCACCCUGCUUUUAUGCAACGUCUUGCUGUGUAAACAAUCUUUAGCAACAGAGACAGACAGGAGGUUGCUCUAUUCACCGGCUUGGCAACACAUAAACAAUAAACCUAAGAAUGUCUGACAAUGCGCAAUUAAAUAUUAGAGCAUGAUGGAAAAGAAACACACCAGCCCUUUCAGAAUUGAUAUCUGUUGUAAAGUUUAAAAAUGCGAUAAAGGAACAGGAAGCAGUUUUUAUAUAUCUUGAC